AAGAGGAGCAUUAUCCGGGAGACGCGUCAAAACAUUUAGCGGAGAGAGGAGGGGAGGGGGAGACACGCUGGAGAGCGCUCACAAUGAAGACCUGAAUUGUCUUUAAUGUUUUAUUUUUUUUAUUUAAUUUUAUUUAUUUUUUUCCCCCCCUUAAAGCCUAUAUCUUGUUUAUUACAUAGCGGCGCAAAACUAUUAGGACGCAGUGAGGAUUCUGCACCUUUUCUUUAAAGUUCGGUCCGGCGUCGCGCUCCUCGCUCCUGGGGCGCUUCUGUGUCAAAUCCUGGAUAAGCGCGGGGAGGGAAAAAAGUGUCAGUUUCAGCACCUCAGAGGAGGAAAGCUCCACUCUGUCUGCUCCUUCUGGGAAACCCUGCCCCAAAAACUAUCCUGCCGCUUCUGAUUGUGAACUGCCCCGGCCCGACAAGCUCUCCCCUGCCCGCUUCAAGUGAAGGAAGAAGCSCAGAGAUCCGCUAAGGGAAGGAUCGGCGACCGACUGUGUGCUCAAUAUGUACCAGGGGCAUUUACAGGGGAAAGACUCUAGGGCUGCAGAUAAGACUGUUGCCAUGGUCCUGAAGGAGAUACCAAGUAAGGCGUCAUCAGAAGGGAAGCCCCUCCUCACAGUGACUACCAAGCAUAAAGGAUUCGUGGGAGGUGCUGGCCAAACUUCUUGUCCCGUUCCUAAUGAGCUGGUGAGCGAGCAACAAGAGAGUCGGCCGCUAUUAAGCCCUUCCAUCGACGAUUUCCUCUGCGAGACCAAAUGUGAUGGGAUUUCCCGCCCGGUGACUUCCAACACAGCCGUUCUUUCUUCAACACUGGACCUUUUAGAUCUCAGUGAACCGGGAGAAAGGAGGAACAGCAAGGACAAGAAAAGUGCUCUGGUGUCCCGAGGUGACGGCCAAAAGAACAGCUCACACAAGAAAAAGACAGAUGAGACGGAGCUGAUCCAGGUGGAAGUUGAACAGACAGGACCAAGSAUGCGAAACCCUGAGAGGGCAUCGCUUGAGUCAGUAACCAUUGGAUCGUUGGAUAAAUGGGAAGAACUUCAUCCCAACGCUGAGAAGAAUGGCAACAGAAAAUGGAAGCUGGAGAGACGGCGCUCUUCAAAAAACUCAUCCAAUGAGUUCUUGUGGUCUAUAGACUGCAAAAUCCAAUCUGACUCAUCAAAUAAGAACUUGUUGGAAGCAAACACCAAAGCAGAGCCAGAAUCAGCCUUGGCAUCACAACUCAACAGGCAGUAUAUUAGUGGAAGACAUGUAAGCCUCCCUAUGUAUCCUUUCAACAACAAAAGACUUUUACAUUUGCACCACUUCAACAGCAUGACACCAUCUUCGGAUACAGAGUUCUGGGACAAGAUGCAGGCAGAGUGGGAAGAACUGGCCCGACGAAACUGGCUGACAGAAAACGAGCAGGCACAAAUACCCUCAUCUGUAUCUCCACAUGAAAAGGGUUACUACUUCCACACAGAUAAUCCUUAUAAGGACUUGCCUAAUGCAUUUGAGGAGGGACUGAAGAAAUCUCGCGAGGGAGACUUGCCAAACGCUGUGCUUUUGCUCGAAGCAGCCGUCUUGCAGGACCCUCAGGAUUCAGAGGCCUGGCAAGUCUUAGGGACAACACAGGCAGAAAAUGAAAAUGAGCAGGCGGCAAUUGUCUCCCUCCAAAGGUGUCUGGAGCUCCACCCUAACAACCUACCGGCCCUCAUGGCUCUGGCCGUGAGCCUGACCAACACUGGCAUGCGUCAUGACGCCUGUGAGGCCCUGCUCCGCUGGUUGAAACACAAUCCCAAGUACAAGAACCUGCUGAAGGCCAAGACCCAUCUGAUAGGCUCCCCCAACUCUCAGCGCAGAAUGUCUUACGCUCUCAACGCGGGCCGACACGAAAGCUCACUGCUGCCAGAGGUCAAGGAGCUCUUCCUGGAAGCAGCUCAGAACAACUCGGACAGCGUUGACCCGGAUUUACAGACAGGCCUUGGGGUCCUCUACAACCUCAGCGGAGAGUUCAACAAAGCUGUAGAGGCUUUCAAUACGGCCCUGUCAGUCCGGCCUGAGGACUAUUUGCUGUGGAAUCGCCUUGGAGCCACAUUAGCGAACGGAGACCGGAGCGAAGAGGCGGUGGAGGCUUACACGCGAGCCCUCGAGCUGCAUCCAGGGUUCAUCAGGUCCCGCUACAACCUGGGCAUCAGCUGCAUCAACCUGGGGGCCCACAGAGAGGCAGCCAGUAACUUCCUGACGGCUUUAAGUCUCCAGAGGAAAAGCCAGAGCGGUCAGCAGUCCCAUCAGGUGAUGUCUGGCAACAUCUGGGCAGCUCUGAGGAUAGCUUUAUCUAUGAUGGACCAACCCGAACUCUUCCAGGCCGCAAACAUUGGCGAUCUGGAUCUCCUGAUGAGGGCCUUUAACUUGGACUUUUGAGUAAUCGACGGAGUGCGCUCUGUCAUUUGUUCUCUGAUCUCUGGCCAGAAGCCAAAAGCCCAAAGUGCACACGGUUUGAGUUAACACACCGGCGUGUGUGUUUAGUUUCUGCAUAUCAAAAUGAACUGAAAAGGUCAAACCCUGUCAUGUCCUUCUUGCCCUAAAUUUCUUGAGAGCAGUUCRGAGGGCCGCUUCUUCCAGGGGUUCGGAUGGACUGCUUAGCGAUGGAAUUUGCACUGCAAUUUGUGAUUUCCCUAAAGAGCACAAGGACGGGCGAAGAUUGUAUGAGCAAUGCCUUAGAGGAUGCAUCAAUUAAAAACUGACUCAUGCAGUGGAACAGAGGUGAGCCAGGAGUGACAGCCAGAUUUAAAACUCCCACAGAGGAACCCUCACAAGCCAUUUGCAGCAGAAAAGAUGAGGUUUUGAGAGGAAGAUGUGUUGACUCAGGACUGCCUCUCCCUCUCUCUGACGGAUGGAUCCAGUGAGCCGAACAAUAAAGGCUGCACCUUGUAACCCCGGAGCUCUAUAUUGUCUUCCUGGCUUCAUCUCCCCCUCUGUCAAUGGAGACUUAUUACUCUGCAUCAAAAAAACAAAACAAAACAAAAAAACACAAUAAACAUUUUCAGAAAUGGAGAGAUUAACAUACUUAUAGAAGUUUUCCCUUUGCACUUUUAGAUGACUUCCUCUAUGGAAUGCGCAACCCAGGUUGUAAAGCCUUACUGAGAUGCAUGCGUCCAACGUUAUUUAUUUACACUAUUUUUAUGGUGACAAGGAACAAAAUAUAUCGAAGCCAUUUUCAGACCAGUUUAAAUUUCUUAACGUAAGUGCUGUUCUUAGAACCUGUACGACUUCUGAUCCGCUAAUCUCAGUUCAGUUGUUUAUAUAUUUAUGCAGCUCGUGUGUAAUAUUUGUUGCUUUAAUGCUGACUGGCUGGAGGAAUGCACACAGUGAGAGGGUAGUAUUGAUUUGAAUCGUGUUUUUUUUACCUUUCUUAGAGGGAAAAGUGGUUGUAUUUGUAAAAACGUCUCAUCUCAGAGGCCCCUACAAAGAAAACCGCCUAAUUUUUA